CUGCAAGACUCGUGCUAUACUAUCGCAGCACGAUCUCUUCAGUCAUUCAACCAUGCGUCACAUGCGACGUAGUACCUGCCAUGCCCCGGUCGAGAAAGGGAUCCUCCGAAACCUCCGAUAACAAAAUAACUCCAUUCCCGCGCAUCGACGAAGAAGUUAGUAGUCAAGAGAAGGACGUCAAGGAUAAAGAUGGUGUCACACCAACAAAGUCCAAAAGACGCGAUGGGGCACCCAGUCACAAGCGAUCCGUCUCUGGAAGCAUCCUUUCAAGGUUGAGCUUUUUACGUACGACGAGUGACCAAGGCAGAGGAGAUGGGACCACCAAAGAAGCCGUGGACGCAAGUGGAGGUGCAACAGCCGGCAACGGUGGCGGCCUGCCACUCUCCGGUGGUCGAAGCGCGAUGGCCGAAGCUCAAGCCCAUGGAAAACGAAGGAGAAAAGGAUCCCUGCGAAAGACGGUACUGGGAAAAGGAAGAGAUGGAAAAUCCUCUGGGAUGAAGAAAUCACCAUUGUCGAGUGCAAACGCGACACCAGUGCAGACGCCACUGCAGGAACAAGCUCUAACUCCACGCGCGAGUGCCGACCUGUCAAGUCCCGUAUCUCCCGAUUCACCACCAUCGUGGCCGUUUCGAACGCUUUCUAGGGUGUCCAUCCCCUCGAUUCGCAGUAGUAUUGCCUCUGUCGAUCCAGCGUCCUCUGCUGCUUCCCUCAUCAGUCCGACCGUUCCAACCGAUGCCUCGACCGAUGACGAAGAUUUGGUCCUUCCGCGAAUGCCGUUACUCCGUCAGAUCCCCUCAACUACAUCCUUUGGCGAUUCAUAUUUCCCCAUUCAAGACCCGGUCCGUCGCAUGUUUGGGUCACGAGCCCGGUCACCGCUCGCCUCGGCCCCAGAGUCGAUGGCUGGCACACCUCCUGCCGAUGAAGGAUGGGAUUAUUCUGAGACAGCCUUCUGGGGUUAUGUUAUCCUCGUCGUUACAUGGCUGGUCUUUGUCGUCGGCAUGGGCUCUUGCUUUGGAGUAUGGUCUUGGGCCUGGGAUGUUGGCGAGACCCCUUACGCCCCCCCAGAACUUGAGGAUGAUCCUACCUUGCCCAUUGUAGGCUAUUAUCCGGCCCUGCUGGUCCUGACGUGUGUCAUGGCAUGGGUAUGGGUGGUUGUCGCCUGGGUGGGGAUGAAGUACUUUAGACAUGCUGAUUUUAAAGGCGAUGAUUGAGAAGGGCAAUAGAUAUGGUUCAUGAUACUACCCAUGCACUGUUUUAUUCUGUUGGU